GUUUCAUGAUCCCUAUUAACAAAAAUUGGUUUAUUAUUAAUUUUCUCUCCAAUUUGAAUCAUUCAUAUCAAUUUUGAUAAUUUUAAUUUGAUAAACAAAUUGUGUUGAUAUUUAAAAUUAAAAAAACGAAAAUAACAUCCAUUCAACCGACUAAUGGAUUCAUUUCAACUCAAAUUGAAAAAUUUGAACAGUGCACUUUGCACACCAACUAUAAAACUUCAAAUAUAAGAAAGUAUUUUAUGGCACCUGUUGCUUGGAUGUCAAAUUUGUUAUGUAUGCGAAUUCCAUUGUAUUUAUUUUGAUUACGAUGAUUAUAUUUUUUAUUAAGUAAAGAAUUUUAGUGAUAAUUACUUUCGUCCAUAUAUUAUUUUAUUAAUAAAAAUAAUUCCUGUGAAAAGAUUGCGAGUUUUCUGAGAAUGUUGAUUAUUUGUAGAAACCAGAUGAUUAUUGAAUCGAGAUAAAUUUUCGGUUUAAAUAUAUUAUUUAUAAUAUUGUGCGAGCAUGAAAAAUGUUGACUCUAUUGAGCGAAGUAAAAUUUUUAACUGCACGGGAUGACAUUACUAUCAAGGAAACCGAUUUCGGUGCAUUCAAGUAUACCGAAAAGAAGACGGCAGCAGCAAAUCCAUAUGUGGAUGGUAAACAAGAAUAUGCCCAUUUUCGAGACCAAGAGUAUAUAUUGCACGGAAGAAAGACAAAGCAGCUAAAGAACUCGGUUAAGAAAUUGGAAGACAUGCUAAAGUGCCACCGAAUAGUACAUUGCAAUUGGACUGAUAAUGCUAUAAUUUCGAUUUUACUUUCGAAUGGACUCUUGGUCCAUAUUUGUAUAAACAUUUUCACUGGAGAUAUUAGUCGGAUGGCGUUUGAUCGAUUUUUUGUCGGCAAGCUGAUAUCAGAAUCGGUGACAAAUGUUAUAAUGACUCGAAUGCAUAUCUUAAUUUCAUAUGAUAUAAAUCAAUUGACAUUCGUGUACCUGCACAAGCCCAAUCUAAAAAAAAAUGCACCUGCAAAAAUCAGUCGAAUGGAUCCGAAAAUUUUCAACAUAAUCAUCAGUGGGACACAUACGAAAAAAAUCGCGAGACACUUAGCAUGCAAUACUAGCUCUGAUUUGUUGACCGUAUGGACAAAGUCAUCGCAGAAUGAAGUGUAUCCAUGGCGGCCUACCGUUCGUGAUCAAGAUCGGGCUAAUAUUCACAUUUACAGACUGAGCCGAAAUAAAAUUGAUCUUUUAUGUUUUCACUGGACCGAAAAUGAUCCAAUCAAUGUGGAGUUUUCCAAACUGAAUCAAAAUCAGUUGCGAUCCGUUGAACAAAAGAUGUCGAGAAAGGGUGAAGUGACCGUUGAAAUAUGCGUAUACGAAGUGAAUAAAUCGAAAAUGACGCGAAUGUCGACUACGUCGAUUCCAUUACAAUCUCAAGUUUGCUGCCAUUCAUUCAGUCCAGAUAAUGAGAAAUUGAUGUUGGGCUGUAUUGAUGCAUCAAUUAUACUUUUUGACGAAAGGGGAAUAACUCAUCUCAUAAAGGCAGCAUUCAUUCCAACGAUGGUGUCAUUCCAUGCCGACUCAGCCAUUUUGAUGAUAGCAAAUGAAAAAUGUCAAAUUCAGUGUUUUGAUAUAUCGCUAUCGUGUAUUCGAAAUCACAUUCUAAACGAAGAAAUGACAUCGGUUGGUGUUCUCGAUUUAACAGCUUACUUUAUGGCCCAACCCAUGCUGUUACAACUCAUGUGCAGUAAGAAACCCGACUUGGUGCAAUACAACGAAAAUUACAUUCAAUGCGAUUCGUAUGUUUUGUUACUGUUUGAAAAUGGUCCGAUCACCAUUUUACGUUUGUUCGGCGGAAGUGGUCUGAAAGGCGAUUUCCAUACAUCUGGUUUCACUGCAGAUGUUCUGAUUCAACAGUAUUUGAAAUUGAACAGUGUUGAGAAAGCGAUUAAUAUUUUAUUAUGUUUAAAUUGGGAUGUGUACGGUGCUAUGUUGAUGAUAAGCCUACACAAAAUAGCAAACUAUAUAUUCAGGCAGCCGUUUCAACAGGAGAGAGAAGCACAAUUAACUAAGGCACUCGGCAGCUUUCUAAUUCCCGUAAAACCGCUAUGCGAAGAAACACAAACAGAGUUUGGCGAUCAAGUUAGGGAUAUAACGAGGAAGUUUUUCCAAUACCUGCUCAGGAAUAGGUCAUACGAAAAAGCAUUUAAUUUGGCAAUCGACAUAGACGAUGAGGAUAUUUUCAUGGAUUUAUCGAAUUGUGCUAAACAAGAUGGUAAUUUGGAGUUGGCUCAGGACGCGUUCCGUAAAGCCGAACUAAUCAUUGCACGUCCAGAUAGCAGACAGAGUUCACAUUCGACGUGCUCGCGAGACUCUUGCUCCGUAUGUUUGACAAAUUCCUCCGCUGAUGAUGAAUCAGAAACGGAAAUGUCAUGGAAGGAUGAAUCUCAUCAAAAAAAGCCUUACAAAAGCAACCAUCCAUCGAAAGUCGUCCAGAAGAAAGAAACAAUGUACGCAGCUGCAUUUUCAAUUCCAAAGCCCGAACUGAAAGUUUCAAAUUAUUCCAAAAACACAGUUGUGAAAAUGCCACAGCCCAUAGCAGAUCAUGUAAAUUCAAGCAGGACGAAUAGAAAAAUGCUGAACUAUUCUACGGUAAAACCUCCCAAAAUUUCGCAUAGCAAAAGCGAAGUUGACUUUAGUGUGGAAUCUUCAUCAUCAGCCGCUUUAACUAAAUUAGCUAGGCUGGAAAGCAGUUGUUCAGAUGACCACGUCGAUCAUAUCAAUUCUACUAAUAUACCAGAUCCAUUGAAGUAUCAACAGCACGAGAAAGGGCAAACAAAUAGUGCACAACUUCCACAAUCUAUUCCACGGCAUCAUCAUGUUGUAGAUAUUGUACCAAAACCACAAUUAACGCAAGAGUGGAGCAUACCUGACCAAACGAUUGGCAUUCCGAUCGCGAGUCCAUCCAAUAUGGAUCACAUGAACACUGAGCCCAACAAACCAUGGAGCGUGCACAAUUUUCCUGGAUAUUUGCCAACAAUCAUACAUCAUCCGUUGGUUUCUGGCCACAUCCCUCCCACAUAUCACACCGAGCAUCGAAAAAAGAUGCCAUUGCCGUUGCCAAUGCAUAUGCCAUUGGAGCAAGCACAUCUACAUCCAACAAAUAUAUAUUCAUCAAUUCUAUCAACACCCCCACAACAACAACAACAGCCGAUCCCUAACUCAAAGAAGGAAAAUGGUGAAAAAAAUAAAGUGAAAUUUUCAAACACAGUGACCGUAGCUGUAGUACCAGAAAUACCUCGUAAAGAGAAAUCUCUGGUUGAACGUACGAGACGAAGUAACAACAUUCCGUCUGUCCAACCUCUUAACAAAGAUGUUUAUCUCAAGGAUUUCACAUCUAUAAGACGCCAAAAUGAUCCAUCGACCUCGAAAUCGCAAAGUUCUCUCACAUGGGUAUAAUAUCACCGAGCCACUUUUGAAAUUUCAUGGAAGCCGCCCUUUUAAUUUAUUUCAUCUGCAUCGCAUAGAUUCGUCCAGUUUUUAAAAAUUAUUUUAAUAGUCUUAUAUAUAUAAACUCUGUAGUAAAAUUAAUGAAAUUAAUGAAAUUAAUUAUUUGGGUGAAAUUUUAUAUUAAUUUCGAAGGCAAA